AUGACUGCUCCAGGACCAUCCACCACCACAGCACAGCAAAACAUCUUCUACAACAGUAAUUCUCACCACUGUCAGUACAGCAACAACAUCUACAUCACCAACAGCUACAACAACACUUCCUUCAACAGUGACAUCAUCUCCUGUUGGAACUACUACUGCAGGACCUUCCACAACUGCACAGCACCACAGACAACAUCUACAGCAGUAACUUCUGUGAUUCCCACUUCAAUCACUACUGAAAGCACCACUGUAAGCACAGCCACAAUAUCCACAUCACCAACAGCUACAACAACACUUCCUUCAACAGUGACAUCAUCUCCUGUUGGAACUACUACUGCAGGACCUUCCACAACUGCACCACAAACAACAUCUACAGCAGUACCUUCUGUGAUUCCCACUUCAAUCACUACUGAAAGCACCACUGUCAGUACAGCAACAAUAUCCACAUCACCAACAGUUACAAAAACACUUCCUUCAACAGUGACAUCAUCUCCUGCUGGAACUACUACUGCAGGACCUUCCACAACUGCACCACAAACAACAUCUACAGCAGUACCUUCUGUGAUUCCCACUUCAAUCACUACUGAAAGCACCACUGUCAGUACAGCAACAACAUCUACAUCACCAACAGCUACAACAACACUUCCUUCAACAGUGACAUCAUCUCCUGUUGGAACUACUACUGCAGGACCUUCCACAACAGCACCACAGACAACAUCUACAGCAGUAACUUCUGUGAUUCCCACUUCAAUCACUACUGAAAGCACCACUGUCAGUACAGCCACAAUAUCCACAACGCCAACAGCUACAACAAAAGGGCCCUCAGCUACAACUACAAAAUCUGCACCUGUGUAUCUAACAGAUCUGGUGUUCCGCUCUUUAGACAACUUUAAUGUAGAACUCAGUGACCCAAACUCUCAGACCUUCAAGAACAGGGCUCAGCUUGUCAUAUCUCAGCUUGAACCAAUCUACAAAGCAAAAUAUUUUUCCUUUAUUGGAGUGAAUGUCUUGCUUUUCAGACAAGGGUCAGUAAUCACGGAAACACAGCUAGCUUUCAACUCCACACAACCUAUUCCAACUGUUCAAGAGAUUUCAGACACUCUCUUUACAGCAGUGAUAAACGGAAGUGUCAACCCACUGAACAUAACUCCUUAUUCAAUUUCAGUCAACGGUUCGAUUAUAAACGUGACUACUUCAACUACAGCAUCAACAACAACAACAGCAAUGACGAUGACAACAACAAGAACAACAACAACCACACCGACAACAACUACAAGACCCUUGACAUCUACAACUAAAGUGCCUGCAACUACAACUACACAAUUUGUACCUGUGUAUCUAACAGCUCUGGUGUUCCGCUCUUUAGACAUAUUCAUAAUUGAACUCAGUAAUCAAAGCUCUCAGGCCUUCAAGUCAAGAUCUGAGCUUGUCAGAUCUCAGCUUGAACUCAUCUACAGAGCAAAAUAUCUUUCCUUUAUCAGAGUGGUUGUCUUAAGUUUCCGUCCUGGGUCAAUCAUCACAGAAACUCAACUAGUUUUUAACUCCACACAACCUGUUCCAACCGUUCAAGAGAUUUCAGACUCCCUCCUGUCAGCAGUGGUAACAGGAGGUGUCGAUCCACUGAACAUAAUCCCUUCAACAGUUUCAGUCAAUGGUUCAGUUAUAGCUACGACUGUUGCUGCAACUACAGCUUCAAGUGGACUGAAGAUUGAAUCCAGCCUGCUCCAAGCAACAUGGCUCAUUAUUAUGGCAAAAAUAUUACAGUUUUUCCUAUAGAUCUCUUAACAAUGAAUGUGAGUUGCGAGAAAUGAAAGGCAUGUGGCAGGCACACAAUUAUAUUAUCAAAUUAUAUUAUUUUUGUAUGUGUGUUUGUGUAUUGUGGUAUUAAGUAUUGUAGCACACUCUUGAAAUAUGGCAAUGGCAAAAUAAGCAUAAGCCUGAAAUUGCAUUGAUUCUAAGGAGCACAAUUUGUAAUUAGAAAAAAUAAUAUAUGUAUAUUUAUUUAUCAGCAGGUUGUAGUAAUCAAUCAAAUAAGGAAAAUUCCUAUUUCCUCAGUAUUUUAAAUGUAAUGCUUUUGUUCACUUGUCUGCAGGUUAAAGACUAUUUAUACUGUAAUUCUCUUUUGUCUAGUAUGUGCUAAUAUCGCAAGAACUUAUUUAAUCUUAUUAUAAUCAAAUAAACAUAUUUAUUAAGUUCACAUUGUCCAAAAUUGUAUGAUUGUUUGUAAUUAUUACAUUUAUUUAAAAUGUACAAGGGUCUUAUAUUAAUUGAAUUAAAUAAAGUUUUAA